AUGGUGUGGCAGAACAUGAGUUUUGAAGGAGCUUGUGGCUAUGGUGACCUUUUUCAACAAGGAUAUGGGCUUGCCACAACAGCUCUAAGCACAGCACUCUUCAACAAUGGUCAGACUUGUGGUGCAUGUUUUGAGAUUAAGUGCAGUGAUGAUCCACAAUGGUGCAUACCUGGUGCUAGUACCAUCAAAGUAACAGCAACUAAUUUCUGUCCUCCCAACUACAUUGAAGGUGGCUGGUGCAACCCUCCUCAAACACACUUCGAUUUGUCCAUGCCCAUGUUCUUAAAGUUGGCAAAAUACGAAGCCGGCAUCGUCCCUGUCAGGUUUCGAAGGACGACGUGCGACAAAAAGAUGGGAGGGAUCAAGUUCGAGUUGAAUGGAAAUCCCUACUUUUUGCUUGUCUUGGUAUACAACGUUGGUGGCGCUGGUGACGUUGCUAAUGUUAACAUUAAGGGCUUCGACAGUAUAGGUUGGAUUCCGAUGUACCGGAACUGGGGGCAAAAUUGGCAGACUGGCAUAAAUUUGGUUGGGCAAAGCUUGUCAUUUCAAAUUACUUCCAGUGAUAAGAGGGUGAUCCAGUCUAUCAAUGUUGCACCAAGUAACUGGCUAUUUGAAGGAGCUUGUGGCUAUGGUGACCUUUUUCAACAAGGAUAUGGGCUUGCCACAACAGCUCUAAGCACAGCACUCUUCAACAAUGGUCAGACUUGUGGUGCAUGUUUUGAGAUUAAGUGCAGUGAUGAUCCACAAUGGUGCAUACCUGGUGCUAGUACCAUCAAAGUAACAGCAACUAAUUUCUGUCCUCCCAACUACAUUGAAGGUGGCUGGUGCAACCCUCCUCAAACACACUUCGAUUUGUCCAUGCCCAUGUUCUUAAAGUUGGCAAAAUACGAAGCCGGCAUCGUCCCUGUCAGGUUUCGAAGGACGACGUGCGACAAAAAGAUGGGAGGGAUCAAGUUCGAGUUGAAUGGAAAUCCCUACUUUUUGCUUGUCUUGGUAUACAACGUUGGUGGCGCUGGUGACGUUGCUAAUGUUAACAUUAAGGGCUUCGACAGUAUAGGUUGGAUUCCGAUGUACCGGAACUGGGGGCAAAAUUGGCAGACUGGCAUAAAUUUGGUUGGGCAAAGCUUGUCAUUUCAAAUUACUUCCAGUGAUAAGAGGUUAGGGGUGACCCGCAACAUGCCCUUGCGACUAGUUGCUCGAGCAACUCAAACUCCUAUUGAUGGUAUUGAUUCAACCGCGACUGUUGCUUCAUCUUCUUCUCAUUCCCCUGCUCCAGCCAUGGUGGUUGCUGCUAUCUCAGCUCAGUCAACUAGUUCUAGACCAAUAGAUGGUACUGAAUGCUUGAACCUUUGCAUCUUGAAACUUGGAGACUAG